AUGGACAUCGUCCUCGAACUCACCGAUACCUUCCUUGCCGACUACGCCUACGCGUAUCUAUACCCUCUUCGACCGGAUUUCUACCACUUCCCUCAAGCGGCUACCGUGAACGCUUCGACACAAAACUUUUCAUCAUGGACUUGGAAACCUGCCACACGAUUCCUGCAAAUCGAGCCCUCCCGGGCCGCAUACAUGAGCUCCUUGCCUCGCGAUAACCCGUAUAGGCAACUGGCUACCCUUUUCUUCAUUACUUGGAUAUUCGGCAUAGCUGUAUAUUUCUUAUUCGCAACCCUGUCUUACUACCUCAUUUUCGACAAGAGGACGUUGAACCAUCCGAAAUUCAUCACGAACCAGAUCCGGCUGGAGAUCGUGCAGGCAAACAAAUCUAUGCCAUUCAUGGCCUUUUUCACGGCGCCGUUGUUCUUGCUCGAGGUUCGAGGCUACGGCAAGCUAUAUGAUACAACGGACCAAGGCCCGGGACUGUGGUACAAUAUCCUUCAGUUCCCUCUCUUCUUGCUCUUUACCGACUUUUGCAUCUACUGGAUUCAUCGAUAUUUGCACCACCCGCUGGUGUACAAGCGUCUGCACAAGCCUCACCACAAGUGGAUCAUGCCUACACCUUUUGCCAGCCAUGCUUUCCAUCCUCUAGAUGGGUUUGCCCAGUCCCUCCCCUACCAUAUUUUCCCCUUCAUCUUUCCUCUUCAGAAAUUAGCCUACGUCGCACUAUUUGUCUUUGUCAACUUCUGGGCUAUUCUCAUCCACGACGGCGAGUAUCUCACCAACAACCCCAUCGUAAAUGGUGCCGCGUGUCAUUCCCUUCACCAUUCCCGCUUUGAAGUCAACUACGGGCAGUUCUUUACUGCUUUCGACCGCCUCGCUGGUACUUACCGGACACCCGAGGCUUGGAUGUUCGAAAAAGACAAGAAGAUGUCGCAAAAGCAGUGGAAAAAAGAAUCCGAAACUGUUGACGGGUUUGUCAAAGAAAUUGAAGGCGAUGACGAGCGAACCUACGGACGCGAGAAAAUCGAGGCAAAAAAGAACAUUUAG